AUGAAGCGUGGAGACAAUGGUCCCCUAUUUGAUUGGGCUCUUUCCAUCAAAGCCAAGCCUGUUUUGCCUGGAUUAGUGCUCAUGGCCUGUGAAGAUCUUCAAGAAGUCCUUCUUCCCGCUGGAUCUCCACAGUGUCUGGAGCUUUUCUUCUGGAGUUUGCUGAAUUUGGUCAUGUUUGGCGCUGGGCAUUUGGUGUCUCCUCUGUCUCCUGCAGUCUUCCACUCUCCGGCUGCUCAUUUCUUCCCAGCGUUCCCCAGCAGGUUGAGUUCUCCGCAGAUCUUCAUCCCUGGGCCUCUGCUCAGCUAUGAGCUCCUGCGCAGUUACCUGCAGCCUGAACCCUGCAAGCAGAGCCUGCUGCUGGCCGCUCAUCCGUCCUCAGGACACCCUGCUGACAACAUCGAUGAACCGCGGCCAGUGAAGCAGCGGCGGGCGCGGGCGAACUACAGCAGCUGGCAGCUGGAGGAGCUGGAGAAGACCUUCCAGAGCACACACUACCCGGACAUCUUCAUGAGGGAAGCCCUGGCGCUCAGACUCGACCUCAUAGAGGCCCGAGUGCAGGUGUGGUUCCAGAACCGUCGGGCUAAAAUGCGUCGUCAGCUGAAGCUCCAGAUCCAAACAGGGGAGCAAUGCAGCCAACGGGACACUGACACCAGACACCCCGAAUCAUCCAUCAGCAACCCAGAGCUCCACAACAACAGCCCCAGCCCAUGCUGGGACAGAAACCAAGACAGAACAAACCCUGCUCACCCCAAACCCUCGCCCUCAGCCAUCCAGAGCCCCGUCACAGACCUGCUCCAAGACCAGCAGGACCCUGAGGCUCCCGGUCCGGAAGAUCUGCGGUCCUGCAGUAUUGCCAAACUUAGGGCGAAGGCCAGAGACUAUGAGGCUGAGAUUCACAGCACUGUGGCCAGAGAGAGGAAGAUGAAGAGAGUCUCGGACAGAGACUGAACUGACAUUCACAGGAAACACAUCUCUAAACUCAUUAUUUAUUACACACACACAGCGAGGUGGAAAAAAGCAAAACACAAAUAAAAUAAAAUAAAAAGUGCUGGGUUCUUGCUGAUAUAAUCUGGAUUACAAACUAAACACUUGUAAUUUGAUUACAUUUUAAAAUGGUGAUAAUUAUAUUACUGUACUUUUUUGGUGCGUGAUUACUGUAUAUGUUAUUCACACACUGUAAAAAAUUGCUGCCUUAUUUUUUUAGCUGAAUUAAAUUAACUUUUUUGUCAUCAA